ACGUAUCUCUUUGUUCACCAUUAUUUUUCAUCCUUGUCUCAUUAAGGAUUUCAUCUCAUAAUUGUUCUCAUCUUUCCCUUCUCUUUUACACACUUUUUUGAAAUGAUUCGUUUGAUAAAUUAAGUCAAAGCUUAACCAUUUGUAUAAGCAUGAUCUGAUUCCUGAAUCCAAUAAGUUCGUUAAGGUUUUGAGAUGGCGUGGUUUAUUGCAAAAAAUGCACCGGGGGACUUCCUUAAUUACGCGGGAGCAGUGAAUAAGCUUAUGGAGAGUGAGAAAAAUAUUGAGAAGAAUUUUGAUACCGCUCUUAGUUUUGAAGAGAAAGGGGAAUUCAGUCAUGAAGAUAGUUUCUAUUUGAGAUCAGUGAAUAUGCUUCAGGAGAGUGGGAAGAAUAUUGAGAAGCAUUUUGACAAUGCUCUUGGCUUCGAAGAGAAACGGGAAUCCGGUAAUGAAGGUAAUCUCUAUUUGAGAUCAGUGAAUAUGCUGCCGGAUAGUGUGAUGAAUAUCGAAAAGAAUUUCGAUACUGCUCUUGAAUUUGAAGAGAAAGGGGAAUCCAACAAUGAAGAUAGGAAUUUUGAAUCGUUGGUUUUGAUGUCUGAGGUGGAAUCUAAUUUGGUUUCACAUGACAAUGGAUCAACUGUUAAAGAAAAUGAAAGGGGCCAUCCGGCCAAUAAUGACAUAAAAGAGCAGCAUUUGAGUUCUAUAAAAAAUAUGUAUGACUCAGAUUCCAUACUUGAGCUGGAGAGGGUGAAGAGGGAGAUUAAAAUGAUGGAGGCAGCACUACUAGGUGCUGCAAGACAAGCUCAGGCUAAAGCUGAUGAGAUAGAAAAAUUGAUGAAUGAGAAUGAAGAAUUCAAACAUUUAAUUGAAGAUUUAAUGAGAAAGUCUAAUGAAGCUGAAGUUGAAUCUUUGCGACAGAAGGUUUCAACUCUUGAAAGAAAGGUUGAUGCUCUCACCAAGGAAAGGGAUACGCUUCGCCGAGAGCAGAGUAAAAAAAGUGAUUCAGAUGCUCUAUUGAAGGAAAAGGAUGAAAUAAUUAAUCAAGUUAUGGAUGAAGACAAGCUGGCAGUGAGAAUCGAAGACGAAGUGAUGGGCAAGAAAGGUUCAGUCGGAUUGGUGGAGAUUUUGCAUCCGGUGUCGAUGGAAUGAUCUGAGUUAUACCUUUUCGGAAAGCCCCGGACUUCACGAGCAAUACUCAUCGCUUUGCCAUGAUGCAGAGGUUAAUUUAGUAAUUCGAGAUCGUCUGAAGGCCCGAAACCGCCUUUUAAUAUUUCAGCAUAUUCUAGAACUUUCUAUUUUAUUUCGUUUUGUUAUUUUUCAGCCUAUACGGGUUUGUUAUUUCUUUUAGUAUUUAAACAAAACUUAUGCGGUCUAAGAGACACUUUUUCAUUCAAUAAAAUUAUUUGAAACUUUUCUCUUAA